UGUAACAUGGAUUAAACGUGUUGAACGUAUAAGACGCAUAUCAAAAUAUUUCAGAAUUCAAACAGAAUUACUUAAACGAAUCAGUUAUAUUAUUUAAUACAAAACAAAGCCGAAUCUUUUUAACAAUAAAUUUUUCAAAUCGUUUGAAAUUUAAAAGCUUCGCGUUAUUUAAAAAUCCGCGUUACAUUCCAAUCUGUUUCGCGGGACAUUGUUCUUGAAGAAUUUUGAACAUUUUCAUAAUUAUUGCAGAAAACAGCUUCAUUUAGGUGUUGAACGUGAUAUUGAACGACAAGAACGUCGAAAAGUACAAAAUUUGUAUAUGCUUGAACAGCAGAGACAUUUAACUAAACAAUUACGACAAGUUCAAGAGCGGGAACAACUUCAAACUUCGUAAGCUGUUAGAAAGUAUCCUAUCCAAUGAACGUAAUGACUACUGAAGAACCAGUAGACCAACCAGACUUAAUUUGUGUGGAAGAAAGUUUAAUGAGUUUAGAAAAAUUAGAUAGAGCAUCACCGGAUUUAUGGCCUGAACAAAGUGUAAAUGAGUUUGUUGCUCAACAUUCGCCACAAACUGAGCCAUCAUCCUGGGCUUCCGGUCUCACACCAGAUGAUAUAAACCAGUUGCAUCAAUUAGGAAACUUAUCAAUGAAUGGUUUAAUAUCUGAAGUAAAAAAAUUACACGACAUGGCCUAUCAAUUAGGAUUGGAAGAAGCAAAAGAGAUGACACGUGGGUGUUCGUUUAUGGGUGAACAACCUUCGAGAACCGAGCUCGACCGUGGUCGCGAGCAAACUAUUUGGCUACCACCCCGUCAAAGAUUGUCCUCCUCAUCACAACACCCUGUAUAUAAUUAUUCUUGUUUUGUAAAAAUGUAAUGUUUACUGUAAAUUGUGUGAACGUUUAAACAAUAUAGUAAAAUUUACCUAGAAA